AUGGGUCAUCCACCGAUGAUAUGUGUUGCUCAAGAUACAUGUAAAGGCAAAGCAAUCGAAGAUCCAAUAUUGCUUAAAAAAUUAUUAGAAUUAUCUGAUAACAAGACAGAGCAUUUACCUGGUCUAUUACCUUUUGUACCAGGCAUGCCUGACAUUUCAACACAAAAUAUUGCUACUGAAUUAGGUCUUAUCAAUGAACAAAUAUUUCGAGUGGACGUUGCCGAUAUUCUUCCAAAAGAUAAGAAACGAAAAUCAAACCAAAAGACAAUACCAUCAAUUAAACGUACUGCACUAUCGCUUGUACCUGCGUAUUGUAUUACAACACAUAAAAGCCAAGCAGUCUACGUACCACUCUCUCGUGUAAAACGUUUGAUUGAUUUGACCAUUUUGCGCCCAUUCGAUUAUAAAAUUUUACUUAUGAAACCAAAUAAAUCUCAAGUUGCUGAAAUAGAACGACUUGAUCAACUAUACAUGAAGACACGAUUGCGUUUUUCUGAAUGGUUUCAAUAA